AUGGCGUAUAGUGUCCCCCUCAUUCUGUACGUGAUCAUCCAGUUCGCGGCGUUCCUCCUGGUGCUGGCGGGUACGCCGUCUGGCAUGUUCCGCAGCGGGUCCCCAAGUUUCCCUGGUCUGUUUGGCUGUAUAACCCUAUGGGGUUUGAAGCUAACCUGCGCAUCUGUGGAUUACGACCUCACAAUUCACUUCUUCUUUCGGAACUGCCGUAACCGCCUCAACCUUUUCCGCGCUGCACAGGGGCUUGCUAUUGUCACCAUCUUCGUGUACGGCGCGGCGUUCAUCCUGGGCUCGAUUUUGCUGUUCUGUUGCUCUUUCCUCCGCUGGGUCUGCCUGGCGCUGAACAUCGUUGGCAUUGCCACCUUGUGCGUUGUGUGGGCGGCCAUGGCGGUGAUGUACAACAAGACUGAUGACCCACAGUGCUCUACGGUGAGGGAAAUGGGCUACCGGUAUGGCGCCGGGUUCGUUCUCUUUGUGGUGUCCUGGAUACUGGAUAUCAUCAACACGUUCAUGCUGCUGCUCCCGUGCACGGUCACGGACAGUGAAGCGCCCGAAAAGGUGAAGUCACCGGCAGCGCAAGAGUAG